AGGACAGGCGUGAUAGAAAACGAUGAAUAACGUUGUGGUACUACCGUACAAGUCGUCAUUGCCAAAAUCGGAGUCGGAGACGCUGGAUGAGUAGUCGUUUCUAAGGAAUCAGAUAACAGUGAAAGUAGUUGUUACUUGUUAGAGAAAAUCGCGUAGGGUAGGAACAGGGAGAGGGAGCAGGUGUUAAAGAUGAGUCGGUGUUGUGCCUACAUGAUAGGCUAAAGAAUAUAGGCGAGGACCACACUAUCUCUGGCCAAAACAACGCCACACUGGCUGAUGCCUCCUUUGCACUGAAUCCUGGACUAAUCACUGAGUCCUCAUUGGAUUGAUGAUGUGACUUGUGGGACGCCCACAUGGAUUGGUAGGGGCCUUACUUGUGUUUGCUUCAAGAGAAAGGGAACUUAUGAACGUAUUUGUAUCAACAUGACACCCCACCAGGAAGAGAGACUUAGAAGGUUGAGGCAUCGAAUGAAAGUUUACUUUGACGCUUCACGGCCAGAUCACCAGGAAGCUUUAAGAGCUCUAUGGUCUGCUACCUACCCUGGUCAGGAGCUUCAUGGUUUGAUAUCUGAACAAUGGAAAGAAAUGGGGUGGCAGGGAAGAGACCCAUCAACUGAUUUCAGAGGAGCUGGAUUCAUUUCCUUGGAGAACCUGCUGUUCUUUGCCAAGACAUUUUCCAUAUCUUUUCAACUUCUUUUAAAGAAGCAGAGGGGAAAGCGAGCUGCAUGGGAAUAUCCAUUCGCUGUUGCUGGUGUAAAUAUCACAUUCAUGAUAAUGCAGAUGCUUGAUCUAGAUGCUUCAAAACCCAGGACCUUUGUCAGAGCAGUGUUCUUACAGAUGUUGUCAGAGAAUGAGUGGGCCUUUGACUUGCUUUAUUGUGUGGCUUUCAUGGUUAUGGACAAACAAUGGCUGGAUAGGAAUGCCACAUACAUGGAGUUCAAUGAUGUUUUGAAAUCUACUCGAGCUCAGCUGGAAAAGGAACUUCUAAUGGAUGACGUCCUACGGAUAGAAGACAUGCCUUCUUACGGUCUUCUCUGUUAAUGGUAACCACCCUAAAAGUUGAAUGCAGGGGCUUCUGAGAUUGGUUGAAUCCCUCAACGUAUUUAAUGGACAACCCCCCCAAUAUAUUUUAGAUAAUCUGAUGUUGUACAAUCCCUCAACCUUAAAUCGUUUUGACCCAUAACAGGUUCUAAGGAGUCGAUUCUAUCGGCCCAACACUUACCCUGUAAGGCUGUAACACCUCUCUUUGGUAUUCUUCUGUUUUAAAGUUUCAUGGAUGGGGUGUGGACUCCCUGUGAGUUAUUCUAUGUCUCAAUUUGAGAAUUUGUGAUGUAAUUCCACUUUGGAAGCUAAAGGGAAGAAGACAAAGUUUUUGGUUCUAAUCAUAUUUGCCAAGGCAUGGAAGCUAAUGUGUAAUUUGGAUGACAGAUGUUUAACAAAUAUUAGAAUUAUCUUUUCAGAUGGU